AUGUGUAUAAACGUCUGCAGUUUCUUCCUCGAGCAUCACAUUCCAGGCGUCCAGACCCGGGAGUCACUGGAUGUAAAUUUAACCAAAAUGGACGACGAAGCGUCAGCCAGUACCAACUCGUGGUUAAGUCACAGGGCACUGUUUGCUCCGAAUAGCGUUAAACGCGGCAAAACAGGCGCUAGCUCCGACCACGUUACAAAUCUCGGAUUCCAUGGAGAAACCAGAACAAAUUUCGGCUCCAACCUCAAUACAAACGUUAAUAAAUCGCAAAUCGGCUCAGUAAACCCUCUGGAUUCCGGUAGUUUGGCCGGUGGCAAAGCCGGAAGUUUUGGCAAGCCGAGAUUCUCGAAAAAGGCACCAACGUACAACUUUGACGAAGAAUACGACCCUAGUCUCCCAAACGACUAUGAAAAGGUCUCAAGAAUCAUGUCAGCAAAGGCGGCGAGCAAGGAUACUACACACAUUCAGGAUCCUCCGUCUGUCAGCUCAGGAUUUUCUUUUGCUCCUCCGACCGCUUCUACAUCUAUGCCAAGCGCAACUCCAUCGUAUAAACCAGCUGAAAAGGUCGCAGAGGCGGAGUCAAAGCCUAAACUCUCAGGUUUGUCCAGGUGCAACUCAUCACAUUCUUCAGGCGACGAGAUGUUAAUGAGACGUCUGGCUGCAAUGGAGGCUCAAGAGUCGUCUGAAGCACCAACUGUAGCCACUCCCAUCCAAGUGCAUGCUCCUCCUGCUGCGGAAAAAAGCUCAGCCAGGGAACCCAAAGCCUCGAGCAUCGCCCAAAAGAUGAUGGAAAAGAUGGGCUGGAAGGAAGGCGAGGGUCUGGGUAAACAUGGACAAGGAAUGGCUACGCCACUGGUCGCACAGAGCUUUAACAAGAGGACUGGAAAGAUCGUCAAUGCAGCUCCAAUCCCCUCCAAGGGCCAGGGCCAGACCAAACCUCCGGCUGUGCCCACUCCUCCCACAGUUCCGGACUCAGCCAAUGCGUCCAGGAUCGUAAUCAUCCUCCUAGACAAAAUGGUUGACAUGGAGGAAUUGGAGGAAACUGUCGGAGAAUACGGUUCGAUUGUAAAUGUCAAGGAUUUGGAGGGAAACGUCGACAUCGCCCUCAACGGAGUUGAAGGCUCCAGCGGCUACAAGUGGGUCAAUACCAUCAAGGAUUCCGGUGCACAACUCCUCUGCGAGUACGAGACCCUUGAAGAGUCCAAAAGGGCAAUCAUGGAACUGGACAAUUCCCUCAUUCUGCAGAGCAGAGUAACCGCCGACUACUUUCCAGAGGCUCUCUAUAGUCGCAUUUAG